CCCUCCUUGUGGUUUGUGACGCAUUUUGAGUGAGAAAGAUGCUCCCGUUCAAAUUCGCAGUCAGUCGAGGUCGCCAUGUCUCAAGCGUUGUUUCUGCUCGUCCUUACAAUUAGCGCCGCCUGCCUCGUCUCGGCGGCUCCCCUGACGCGCCCAGGGGAAGAUGAGCCAUUGCUGAGGGUACGUCGUCAGUUCUACCCUGGCCGCCAGCAGUACAACCGUCCCGGCGGCAAUAAUUACAACCGACCGGGCGGCAGCAGACCCGGUGGUGGCAAUUUCCAGCAGCCCGGCUUCCCGUCUGGAGGCGCCAGCGCCGCGAACGCUCAGGCGCAAGGCUUCCAGUCGGGCAAUUUCGGGGCUAACCACGCCGGCACCAUGACUCAAGGCUUCGCCUUUGGCCCGCAAGGCAUCACGGGCUCGGCCGGACAGUCGUUUUCGCAAAACUACCAGCUGCCUGGAGGCAUUUCGGCCAGCGUUUCCGGCUCGGGCACGUUCGGCGCCGGCCCCGGAGGAAUCACUCAGGGCGGCGCCAACUCCGUAACAGUCACUGGACCAAAUGGACAGAGAAUUCCUGUCAGGGGAUGAAAUAACCCCAACUCGGUGCCUUUGCUUCCUUGUUAUUUAUGAAAAUAUAUACACGUAGAAAAAGUCAAUAAAAUAAUUAACUUGAUUCUUGAA